AUGAUAAUAUACAUUGUGUGGCAGGCUCUUAUAUCUCGAAAUAGUCACGAUAAUCAAUUUUAUGAAAAACAUGCUACUGUCAAGAGAAAUAAGCUAAGAAAUACAUCAAUUCCAAUAAUUGAAAAUGUAAAUUUAUGUUCAAAAGUUUUGUAUAGAAUUGAUCUUCUAAUUGUCAUUAUAUCGGUUGAUAAUCAUUUUCUUGACAGACAAUCAAUACGAGAAACGUUUGGUGCAGUAGCCGAUUCUACUUUAACAAUGAACGUUCACUCACAACGUCUAUUUGUAAUUGGUUAUGGUAUUGAAAGUAUUAGUGAAGAAAUUUCAAAUGAAGCAGCAAGUGAAGAAGAUUUAUUAUAUUUAUCAAUUGAUGACAAAAGUGCAACACUUAAAGAAUUGUACGCCUAUCAAUGGUUAAGUAAACACUGUCCAAAUGUCACGUAUACAUUCAAAACUGAAGAUGAUCUGUUCAUAAAUACCCUUCUAUUACAAGAAUUAAUUCGUGAACUUAAAACUGAACCGCAAAAUUUUCAAGGUCGUUUUCUACACAACGUUUCGAUUGAUAAUAUGCUUCUUACAAGACUCGGCUCUCAAACAUUUCUUUAUGGAUGGGCAUUUCAGCCAGGCAAACCAGUAAGAAAUGAAACAGUAAAAUUAUUUUAUGUUGAUUGGAAAGAAUAUCCAUUCGAAUUGUAUCCACGUUACUGUUCAGGAUUUGGUUAUCUCAUGGACGACAAGACAAGAGAUUUAUUAGUAAAUGAAGGUUUAAAACAAAAACAACCAUUUCGUUUUGCCGAUAUUUAUUUGACAGGAAUGAUUCCUGAAAAAUUAAAUUUUGUUUGCGAUAUUUUACCGUUUGGUUAUUAUCAGGGAACAAAUGAAAUUUGUCAAAAAAUGUUAAUAGAUAUUCAUAAAAUACCACCGUUACUAGUUUGUUCAACUGGUAGACAUGUAGAACAAAAUGUAUUUACAGAUUAUUAUCGAUCAUGGAAUAUACUCAAACAAAUUUAUGCUGAUAAACUGUAA